CUACCGCCUGCCCGGCCUGGUAGACUACGAUCCCCAUAGUGCCCCGCGGAGGCUCCGCUUCAGCCGCCGCAAAGUGUCGCGGCUUUGGAGCGGCGCUUUACGGCUGAAGCUUGAGCUUGCUUUUCCGCCGCUUUGCCCUGCCCUGCCCUCCUGAGCCCUGGGAUGUAACGUGCAGGAUGGGAGGUCGGUUGUGAGCCCCCACCGCCCCCAGCCGGACCGAGCGGGGCCCCCCUCCCCCGGGCAGGAUGGAGGAGGAGAGCAUGGAGGAGGAGGGGGGCAGCAGCAGCAGCUAUGAGGCCAUGAUGGACGAUCAGAACCAUAACAACUGGGAGGCCGGUGUGGAUGGCUACAGGCAGCAGCACCCUGCGGGCCAUGCCCAGGCCCCCCUCGGGGACAGGGCCCUGCAGCUGCCCGCGGAUAGGAAGGGCCACAGGGGGCAGCAGCAGCAGGAGGAGGAAGAGGCCCAGAUGGUGCCAGAAGCCAAUGGCCUGAUGAAGGGCUGUGACUCUGCAGGGGCUGCUGGCAAGGGAGGAGCCGUCGCUGCUGCCAUCAUCAACACCUCCACCUCCAAGUUCUUAAUGAAUGUUAUAACCAUUGAAGAUUAUAAGAGCACAUAUUGGCCAAAGUUGGACAGUGCCAUAGAUCAGCUUUUAACUCAGAGUCCUGGUGACUACAUCCCCAUCUCCUAUGAACAAAUAUACAGUUGUGUGUAUAAAUGUGUAUGCCAGCAGCAUUCGGAACAGAUGUAUAGUGACCUAAUAAAAAAGAUAACUAACCACUUAGAGAGAGUCUCAAAGGAGCUGCAGGCCAGCCCUCCAGAUCUGUAUAUUGAAAGAUUUAACAUAGCUCUUGGACAAUAUAUGGGAGCAUUGCAGAGCAUUGUGCCUCUUUUCAUAUAUAUGAAUAAAUUUUACAUAGAAACCAAGCUUAACAGAGACUUAAAAGAUGACCUUAUAAAGCUGUUUACGGAACAUGUUGCAGAAAAGCACAUUUACAGCCUAAUGCCUUUACUUUUAGAAGCUCAGUCAACACCGUUUCAAAUAACCCCUUCGACCAUGGCAAAUAUUGUGAAAGGCCUGUAUACACUUAGACCAGAGUGGGUUCAGAUGGCACCAGCUUUAUUUUCUAAAUUCAUCCCAAACAUUCUCCCCCCUGCUGUGGAAUCUGAGCUUCAGGAAUAUGCUGCUCAAGACCAGAAACUUCAAAGAGAGCUUAUGCAGAAUGGAUUUACCAGAGGUGACCAGUCACGCAAGAGAGCUGGAGAAGAGUUAACUUACAAUGGCUCAUCAGCAUGUGCAAGCUCCAGAGGGUACAGAUAAUGAAUAUACCGGAUGUGCUUUUAUUCCUAGCCAGAACAGACACUGGAGGAGCACAGAUGAUAUCCAGAGCCUCAGCUGGGGUCUGCUGAUAUUCAGGAGCUCAGUCACAAGUUAUACCUGGAAGAGGAGUUUGGACUUUCUUCGUUAUGUAAUAAAAUGUCAGUUGCUGCUACACUUGGGA